GUUUCAUGGAAGAAAAAGAUUAACAGGUCAACACGCGUAGUAGGCUACUAAGGGAAGGAGGGGUUAUAUCCUGAACUACCGGAGAGACGCUCAUGUUCACGCUCACACUACUCGUCAACUGUCUGUCCUGACAAGAGUGAGACAUCAGAUGUCCGCGGGAAAUAUGGACCAUGAGAGGAAAAGAAAAAUGAAGGAGCAAUGUGCCCUGAGGAAGGACAUCAUCAAAGAGUUCCUGGCAGAAUUUCUGGGGAUAUUCGUAUUAAUACUAUUUGGAUGUGGCUCUGUGGCCCAGACGGUGCUGAGUAAGGGAGCUCUGGGAGAACCCCUGACCAUCCAUAUCGGCUUCACUCUGGGGGUGAUGAUGGCCGUCUACGUAGCUGGGGGAGUUUCAGGGGCCCAUGUGAACCCAGCAGUCUCCCUGGCCAUGGUGGUCCUGGGCAAGCUGCCAAUAAAGAAGUUCCCUGUCUACGUGGCAGCACAGUUCCUGGGUGCCUUUGCUGGAUCUUGUGCUGUCUAUGGGUUGUAUUAUGAUGCCUUAAUGGAACACACAGGAGGAGUUAUGCAAGUUACUGGCAUCAAUGCCACAGCUAAUAUAUGGGCAUCCUACCCUGCCAAGCACAUCUCAGUCCUUGGAGGAUUCGUAGACCAGGUAAUAGGAACAGCUGCCUUGAUCCUGUGCAUUCUGGCCAUUAUUGAUGGGAAGAACAUUGGAGCUCCCAAAGGGAUGGAGCCACUGUGCAUUGGCCUGAUCAUCAUGGCCAUCGGAGUGUCCAUGGGACUCAACUGUGGCUAUCCCAUCAACCCUGCUAGAGACCUGGGCCCAAGGCUCUUCACUGCUGUGGCCGGUUGGGGCAUGGAGGUGUUCCGUGCUGGAGGCUGCUGGUGGUGGAUCCCAGUAGUGGGGCCCAUGGUGGGAGGAGUGGUGGGAGCCGCCAUUUACUUCCUGUUCAUCGAGCUGCACCAUGCCGAGCCUGAGAAACAGAGGGAGAACAACAUCAAGGACAAAUACGAGAUGGUCACCCUGAGUUAGACAGAGAGGCCAUGAGCACCAAUGGUACUGAGGCUUGGCAGCUUCCUACCCCUUUAACCCUCAACAGGCUAAACAUUCACCUCAAUGAGGCCACACUUGACACAACCUUCUCCGCUUGCACUAGAGUAAUUUCCUCUGUCUAAGGGACCUGAGGUCAGGUCUCAGUCUCUGCACUCUCAUGGACAGGUCCGCUGAAAGAAUGCCAGUUGAGCCAACACAUAAAAAACACAAACAGUAUGUAAUGUUAAAUUCACAAUCACAAGCUGAGAUCUCAGGCAUGUUUACUAGCCCAUGACAUCAUCAUCAGGUGUUCAGACUAUCCAUUCUACUCUGAGGAUAGUUCCUGAGUACAGUGAUUUUUAAGAAUUUAUAUUGCAUUUCUUGUAUAGGGAUAUUUUUCAUUGCAGGAGGAAUUUUCCAAGUUUGAAACCGUCUCAAUAUUUUCUCUUUCAGGCAGAGGCAAUGGUAAAUGUUAUUAACAACACCAAUGGUAAAUGUUAUUAACAACAUAGGAAAUAGCCAGUAACAGUUUCUGUGAUGGAAGGAAGGAAGUGUGUAUAUUCUUUGUCAUUGAGCUAGUUUAAUGGUAUGCUCUCUGGAGUGUCUUCCGUCUUCUGCUUCACUUCAUCCAUCUAUUUGUUACAGUUAUGUGAAUCGCUCUGCCUGCUGUGACACACAGCCUCAUCACUGCAUGUGUGCUAUAGCUAACACACAUCUAUGAAUUUGUGCUUUGAAAAGCUCAUAGUCUUGUUUCCUAGCUUUUAUUUUUAGAGGGCAGAAAAAACAGCCUUAAUGUGUGUGAAAUGAGCCUCACACCGUUCUGUUUGUACUCUCUCUCUCUCGUUGAGCACAGAACUGUGUAUCGUGACACGGCAUCACUUCUAAAUUAUUUUUAUCUGACUUUUAUUUCCUCUUACAUAACAUUCCUGCUGUCGUGUGCACACAUUUUCAUAGAAGCAUGAGUAGGGAAGCCUAGUAUCUACAGUACCAUUGGACAUGUUUUAAUAAACAAAAUACUGUAUGAAGAGUCCAAUGAGAGAUAGUUUACCCCACUGGCUAAUGGCCAUAUGGGAAUGUAUAAAAAUGGUUUGUUUAUCGUAAUCAAUACGUUAUUCCUCCAAUGAUGUGACUAGGAUUUAACCACGGAGGAACUCCUACAGUAUGACCUAUAGUGAACUGGACAAUAACAGAAUAACAUCAGUGCAACUUCCAAGAAUAGAGCCCUUCAACUCAAAAACACUCAAAUGAACAAAGUGAUGUUAUUUAGCCAUGGGUGGGCAGAGCAACAUGGAUGGGCAGAGGAACAUGGGUGGACAGAGGAACAUGGGUGGACAGAGGAACAUGGGUGGACAGAGGAACAUGGGUGUGCAGAGGAACAUGGGUGUGCAGAGGAACAUGGGUGUGCAGAGGAACAUGGGUGGGCAGAGGAACAUGGGUGGGCAGAGGAACACUAGUUCCCUAUUCCCAGAAGAGCCCUCACCAAUGGAACACAUAGCAUUUUAUAACCUGUAUGUGGCUUACUACUGAACCAGAUAUAAUUCGUAAGGAAUAAUAAAGCUCUAUAGAAAUGAUUUUCUAUAUUACUUAGUGGUUAGUUGCUGUAGUUUCUUAUUGUAGUUCAUUUUUGUUUAAAACAAUUGCUACAUGUACUUUGGAUGACUACAUGAUGCUAGCUUGAUUCUCCUGAGAUUCAACCUUUGGAUGACUACAUGAUGCUAGCUUGAUUCUCCUGAGAUUCAACCUUUGGAUGACUACAUGAUGCUAGCUUGAUUCUCCUGAGAUUCAACCUUUGGAUGACUACAUGAUGCUAGCUUGAUUCUCCUGAGAUUCAACCUUUGGAUGACUACAUGAUGCUAGCUUGAUUCUCCUGAGAUUCAACCUUUGGAUGACUACAUGAUGCUAGCUUGAUUCUCCUGAGAUUCAACCUUUGGAUGACUACAUGAUGCUAGCUUGAUUCUCCUGAGAUUCAACCUUUGGAUGACUACAUGAUGCUUGCUUGAUUCUCCUGAGAUUCAACCUUUGGAUGACUACAUGAUGCUAGCUUGAUUCUCCUGAGAUUCAACCUUUGGAUGACUACAUGAUGCUAGCUUGAUUCUCCUGAGAUUCAACCAUUGGAUGACUACAUGAUGCUAGCUUGAUUCUCCUGAGAUUCAACCAUUGGAUGACUACAUGAUGCUAGCUUGAUUCUCCUGAGAUUCAACCAUUGGAUGACUACAUGAUGCUAGCUUGAUUCUCCUGAGAUUCAACCAUUGGAUGACUACAUGAUGCUAGCUUGAUUCUCCUGAGAUUCAACCUUUGGAUGACUACAUGAUGCUAGCUUGAUUCUCCUGAGAUUCAACCAUUGGAUGACUACAUGAUGCUAGCUUGAUUCUCCUGAGAUUCAACCAUUGGAGGAGUACAUGAUGCUAGCUUGAUUCUCCUGAGAUUCAACCAUUGGAUGACUACAUGAUGCUAGCUUGAUUCUCCUGAGAUUCAACCAUUGGAGGAGUACAAUGUUUUAUGGCUGUUGUUUUUUUGUUGCUUCACUUGGCUUAAGAAAAGAUAAAAGGCACUUUUCCUCACACAAUUUUUCUCAGAUGCUAUUUGAUAAAAGUUACUUGUUUGUGAAGGUCAUUUUGUAAUUUAUACAACUGUAAUGUAGAUUUGACAAAAAUGCAUAUUUCAUGUGUA